AUGGCCAAGAUCUUGACAAUGCCCAGAAAGGGUCCAGUCGUGUUUAAGACCCGGUACCCGCUUACGACACGCAGAUCAAUGUGGCUACAAUGGGUUGGCUGGCUGGUCUUCUUGAUUACGGUUAUUGAGACAUACGCUUCGCUCGCUGCUCAUCCUGAGAUAUCUCUAUUCCGAUGGAUGCGUCAAUCAAAUCAACCCGCCGUCCUUCGUCCUGGCCAGUAUCGCGAAUCGUCAUCUUACCAAUUCGUUCUUGACAGUCUUGAUGGCGAGAGUGAAGGAGAUGAGAUGGGCCAUGUUCACGAUCUGAGAAACGAUCGGUUCUAUCGAGGUGGAACCAUGACCCUAACUAGUGAUCGCUCCACUGACCCUAACCCGCCCCACCCGAUCCCCUCGAUCUACGAUCCCUACCCAUCAUACAACAGCAGAAGCUGGCGCCGGAAAUACCAUGGUCACUUCGAGCCCUGUCUCGGCCCUCGCGGUCGUGAUCUCGAUCGAACCCGGCCAGAAGAUAUGGUCAUGGUAUACAAGGGCAAGCAAGUCGGAUUUCCAGCAAACAGUUUUGGCUCAUACGAAGCAAUGGGACUGGAUGGAGACGUAUGUACGGAUCGAUACUCUCGUUUCGGAGCAUAUGGCUAUGACCAAGAACAUUUCUACGAUGUUCCAGGAUUCACACGACCAGAGCCCGUGGAUUGGUCUGCAGUUGACUGGUAUGACUUACAAAAGAUCUGCUAUGAAAGGAAUGCAGAUCGAUAUCAAGUUCUUCCAGUGAUGAAUGAUUCAUAUCAUCGACCCUUGUCAUUUGAUUUGAGGGAGCCACCGAGGAAAAUUUCCAGCCCGGAUAUCCCGCUCAGUCAUUCGAAGCAGAAACAGUAUCAUCCACGAUCUGCUGUUCUUAUUCGGGCGUGGAAUUCGAUGACUUGGACGACCAACCACUGCGAAUACCUCCGAGCAUUAAUCAUGGAGUUGUCACUGCACUCUGGGGCUGAGUAUGAAGUGUUUAUCUUGGUUCAUGUCAAGGAUGACGAUCUUCCAAUCUUCUCGGAUCGGAAAACAAUGGAAGAGCUACGAAGGACGAUUCCAGAGGAGUUUCGAAAUAUGGCACUAUUCUUCAACAAUAAGUUGCUCGAGGCAUGGUAUCCCAAGAUUGAGGAGCAUACUCCCGUCCUACAACACCUCCAGCCUGUCCAGAUCUUCGCUCAGAUGUACCCUAAUUUUGAGUACUAUUGGCAACUCGAAAUGGAUGGUCGACACACCGGAAACGUGUACCAUUUCCUCGAUAGGUCCAUCAACUUCGCCAGGGAACAACCACGGAAAUACCUCUGGGAACGAAACUCUUUCUUCUACACCCCCGGUGCCCACGGUCCGUGGGAAAACUUCACAGCUUUGAUUGACGAGCGUCUCGCCGAUAAGCCCGGCUCCACAAUCUGGGGCCCCGUCUUCGGUACUGGAAUCCGAGCUCUAGGUCCAGAACCACCAGUCGAUCGACCAGAGAUGGAUAACUACACCUGGGGCGUUGGUGAAGAAGCCGAUUUCAUCAGCUUCCUCCCAAUUUUCAGUACCAAAGACACGACCUGGACAUUCCCCGACAAAGUAUGGAACUUCAGAUACGGACUCGAGACUCCACGACGGGCAGCUGUUAUCACAAUGGGCCGAUACUCGCGCCGUCUCCUUGAAUUAAUUCAUCACGCACAGGCCUCUCGCGGUUUAGGACUUGCGUCGGAGAUGACAGGUGCAUCGUGGUCUAUGUAUCACGGUCUCAAAGCUGUUCAUAUCCCGCAUCCCAUUUACGCGGAUGGACUCUGGACGCCUCGGGAGUUAGCUCGAAUUUACAAUCGUGGCUCAACAGAGAAUAAUAAUGGGGGUCCGGAUAGUAUCUGGAACUGGGAUCAUUUGCACGAUCAUAUCAUGUAUCGACUUUCGUACAUGUUUACCACUCACACUGCAGAGGAUUUGUAUCGGCGUUGGUUAGGUUAUCGGACUGCGGAGAAAGAAGGGGGCAAGGCGACAACUGAGACUCUCUAUGGUCGACACUGCUACCCAUCAAUGUUUCUGCAUACAAUUAAGAAUACGGAACUAGCGUUUGGUCCAGAUCGGGCUGUGCCCUAG